AUGCUCACCCUCCUCCUCCACAUCGCCCAAACCCGAAAGCUCCACCCGCACGCGCAGCACACUCAUCUCCCCCGGCACAACGUCCCAGAACCUUGCCCCCUCAACCCCACCAACCGGGCCAUCGAAGCGCACAAACGCCCUCACCAGCCACUCAAACCGCCCCGUCGCAGCCGGCACACCGAAGCGCUGCAGCACAAACCCGCACACCCAGACGUCGCUGCCCAGCAUCCCGGUCUCGGAGGGCGAGAGCCGCACUUCGCCCUCGCUACAGGCCUGUCCUGCAUCCAAGGCGCGCAGGAACGCGCUGGAAUGGGGCGCGGGCCGCAGGAUCCAGCUCCCGCGCUCGCGAAGGGAGGUGUAAUCCUGCUCGGCGAGAUGGGCGUGGGACGGGCUAGGAGAAUCCAGGGCCCAGGGGACGACGGGGAUGUGUGGGCAGUAGUGGUGGAGGGUUUGGGAAAUGAGUGUGAGAGGUUAUGUGGGGGAUGUUGGGGGGUGGACUGA